AAAGCAGCAGAAGAAUUAGGUUUUCGAAGAGUCUUGGUAAAUAAAGGUGGACAACCAAAAGCAGUUGUUUGGGAUAACUUUAUUACUGGAGAACCUGAUGGUAAAGGCCAUUACGAUGCAAAAUGUAAAUAUUGUGUUAAAGAAAAUUGGCAAUGCGGAAGAUCUGCAGGUGUAAUUAAGGAUAACUAUACUUAUCUUCAAGAUCUUGCGCAAAUUCUUUUUGCAAUUGUACCUUCACAGGCAAGCUGUGAGUGUAAUUUUUCUGUUUUACAAUGUUUGUAUAACACAUAUUGUUCACGAUUAUCUCCUGAAAAAAUUGAAAGUAUGACACAAAUCCAUUCUUUCUAUAUUUCUAAUCUUAAAAAUGAGCUUAAAUAUUAUGGUAAAGAAUUGUCUAAAGGUAAGUUGCGUGAUAGUGCAUUAGCUUUAACUACUUAUGCUACUACAGAAAAUCAUGUAGUUUUAGAACAUGAAUAUGCUUCGAAAUCUGUUCAAUCAAUUAAUGAAAAACUUCAGAUCAGUUUUAUAGUUGAUUUAUCACAUACUAAUUUUGAUGGGCAGGGUAAUUUUGAAGACAUAUCUUUUACAACACAAGGAAGUGGUAAUAUGGAAUUCGAUCCUGUAACAAUUGUGGAAAGUGAAUUUCAAUUCGCUAAUGAAGAUUUAUAA